AUGUCUUCCAAGUUUACCGAAAUACUUGAUCCCGGGUUCCAAACAACGUUCCCUCAAACCGAUGUUCGACUCGAAGACAUCAUUGGAGACGCAGACCUGACCAGCCGAGGUCGGACAUCGUUUGGGACCAGCUCGCGAAGUGCAAGUUCCAUAAGUGGCGGCGAAAGAGACGAAAAAAAGACCCGAAAGAGAUUGCCAAAGAUAUUGUCCGGUGGCAAGAGACGAGAGGACUACAACAUUUCUUCACGGGGUUAA